AUGAACAAUACAGUGGACUUAGAACAAAAGUUUUGGGAUUAUUUUAACACCGAUUUGACGAUGAAUAUAACGGAUCAUACAGAUUCAGUGCCAACUUCUGAACAAGAGUUCGUUGUUGGAGUAUAUAGUGUGUUAUUUGUUAUUGGUGCAGCUGGAAACAUUGCAGUUUUUAUUGCUCUCAUACGAUCUAGACGACGGAAGUCCAGAGUAAACCUGUUGAUGACCCACCUGGUUGUAGCUGAUUUGAUGGUCACUUUUAUUGUUAUUCCAUUAGAGAUUGGUUGGCGCACUACAAAUGCUUGGUUGGCUGGAAACUGGGCAUGCAAAUUCUUCCUGGUCCUACGUGCGUUUGGACUGUACCUGUCUUCCAACGUUUUAGUUUGCAUAUCACUUGACAGGUUCUUUGCUGUUCUUUAUCCUCUUCGACUGGCUGUAGCAAGAAAGAGAAGUAAAACAAUGCUGUCAGUCGCUUGGGCAGUAGCGUUUUUAUGUAGUGCACCACAAAGCCUGGUAUUCCGAGUAAUGCGCCAUCCGACGGUACCUGAGUUCGAACAAUGCGUGUCCUUCGAGGCCUUCUCCAAUAAGCAUCAAGAGCUAGCGUAUAAUGUCAUUUGUCUUCUUGCAAUGUAUUUUCUGCCGCUCGUCGUUAUAACCGUGUGCUAUGCCUGCAUCUUUAUAGAGAUAUCACGAAAUUCAAAGGACACAUCAGGUAAAUGUGUACAAUCCGACCAAGGCAGAAUACAGCUCCGAAGAUCCGAUCAACGACCUUUAGCUCGGGCCAGACGACGAACACUUCGAAUGACGGUCACCAUCGUUACGGUGUUUGCUUGUUGCUGGCUGCCGUACGCUACUAUGACAUUGUGGUACAUGUUUGAUAGAGAAUCAGCUUUAAAUGUAUCUUCUCGAGUACAAGAUCUCUUCUUCAUCAUGGCGGUCUCUAAUUCCUGUAUGGACCCUUUAGUGUACGGAUCAUUCACUCUCGAUAUGGAUAUACUUCAAAUAAUUUUAAAGAAGGCAUUUUGUUUACACGAAGGGAAUGUUAGUCACAAAAUUAUAGCGGACCCAGGCUUUAGAAAAAAAUUGCCAGGUGUUUUGGAAAACAAUAAACACGUAAAUUCACCACGCUUCAUUGGAGUCUAUCAAGAGACGUCUCUCGUUGUACCAAGUGGGAGCAGUGACCCCUUACCCCAGGCUUGGGGUGAACAUCAGCACGAAAAAAGGAAGACACCCGAUAUCUUCAUAAUGCAGCCUAAUCGGUCCUUGAAUUCAGAUAUAGUAAUUAAUAUAACCUAUUCUUUAGAAAAAGAAAGGAGUGACAAUUAA